UGUUAUCUUGGUUUCCUUGAUGUGGGUUUACCAAGCUGUUAAUGUAGAAUAGAACUGUAAUGUAUUUCUUCUUCUUAAAGAUAUGAAAUGCAUCCACGUGUCAGUUAUUCCUGUAUCUUCCAGUUUUGUUCCCACAUGAAUAGAUGUUUCCAUUUCUUUUGUUGACUGGCUUCAUACUUUAAUUUAGAAGUGUUUUACUUGAUUGGAGUGUUAAAAGGAAUAAGAACUGAAGACAUGAUCAAUGUGGGAACACAAAACAAUUUAAAAUAUGCUGAGAACUCAAUUUAACACAUCCAUGAUUAUUUUUUUAAGAAAAAGAUUUAUGAGGUACAGGAAAUGAGAGGAGCAACAGUACAAAGUAGUCUGAAAGAAACAUGGGGGAAAAAGCAGAAAUGUACAUGAUUGAGAAUUGUUAACAAGGUAAGACAAGAUUUCUUUCCUAGUUUGGCUGUUCAAAUAUUUUCACUUGUAAGAUAUUGCUGGUGGCCAUUUUGUCUAACAUGCUGCUCAGUGUGUGCUAGUGUCAAAAUUAAAUCAGGUUUCUCUUGACUUUGUUAGGGAAGUUCCAAAUGCCCUCAAGGUUGGGCUUUCCACGGCCUCUCUGGGGAAGCUGUUCUAGUGCUUAACUACUGUCAUGGUGAAGAAUAUCUUUUUCUUCCUUUGCAUCCCUUCAAAAUUUAACUUACUGCGAAAUCAUUACUUUUGCAGCUCACCCUUCCACUUUGCAACUCUUGAGAACAGUCUGGCUCUGUCUUUCCCAUAAUCCAGCUUCAAGUACUUGAAGACAGGAAUUCAGAUACAUGCACCUUAUCCCCUCUUAAUCAGCAAACAGCUUGUCUUUUUAUGUCAUAAUCUCCAGCAUCUUUGUGACUUUUUGCUGAACUCUCUGAAGUUCAUCAGUAUUUUUGUUGCACAGAGGUGGCAGAAGACUGGAUGUGGUAUUACAGAUAUGGCUUCAUCAGUGACUUGUGAAAGGGAGUGGUUGUCUAUGACCUACUGAUAAUGCUAUUGCUAAUGAGGAAUAGUAUGGUGUUAUCUUUCAGUGCUGCAUUGGUGCACUGCUAACCCAUGUUCAGCUUGCCAUCAAUCAGGACCUCAACAUCCUUCUUUGCAAAGCUGUUCUUCAGCUAGUGAGCAACCAGCCUGUACUGUUGCAUAGGAUUUUUCUGUUCCAGCUAUAAGAUUCUGUAUUUGCUUUGGAACCUCCUGAGUUUCCUUUCAGCUCAUUGCUACAGUGAUUGAGCUCAUUAUUCAUUGAAACCAAUCUGAGUAGCAGCUCCACUCUCUGGUUUAUUAAUGACAGCUCUCAGUGUAGGACCAUUUGUGCACUUUCUGAGGAUUAUUUCUGUAAAUUUUAAACAGUAUGGGUGUAACUGCUGUUGUAUACCACUUCUAGGUGGCCAGCACCUACAUAAAUGAACUGCUGGCUACUAAUUUUUGAGGCCUACCAUACAGGCAGUUUGCCAUCCACCUUACAGUCCUCACAUCUCAUCCACGUUUCACUGAUUUGGCCGUAAAGUAGUGUAAGAGACCAUGCAAAAGCCUUUUUAAUGUCAGGAUAAGCAACAUACACGGUUUUUCACUUCCUUACUGAAUUAGUCUUUUUGUUAUGGGAAGCUGUCAGGCUAAAUUUGCUGUAGGUGUGUGCCUGUGCUGAAUGUUGUGAUUGUUGCUGGUCUCCUUUCUUGUACUUCAGGUGCCCUGAUGUGGCUUCCAGGAGGAUUUACUCACAAUCUUUGUGUGGUGCGCAGCCUGUAUUUCCACAGAUUUUGUCUUCUAAGAGUGAUUCCCGUUUAAAACAUUUACUGCAACGGGCACCUGAAUAUUGUCCAGAAUCAAUGGGAGAAGUUUGGGGUUGUAUAAAUUCUUCUUUGCCAGGAGUUCUGAAGAAGUCUGAUGGUUGGGUUGGUUUAGGUUGCUGUGAGCUAGCUAUUGCUGUGGAAUGUCGGCAAGCAUGUAAACAGGCUUCUUCAAAGAAUGAUAUUUUAAAAGUCUGUAGAAAGGAAUAUGAGGAGGUUGGCCAAUAUGUGUUGAAGGAGAACGGGAGAGGAAAGAAUGCUCUCUUUAGUUGUAUUAACAGAAAUGAAAUGGGGUCAAUCUGUUGCAGUUAUGCAGGUCAUCACACAAACUGUCGAGAAUAUUGUCAAGCAAUUUUUCGGACAGACUCUUCCCCUGGUCCUUCACAAAUAAAAGCAGUUGAAAAUUACUGUGCAUCUAUUAGCCCUCAGCUAAUACACUGUGUGAACAACUAUACACAAUCCUAUCCAAUGAGGAAUCCUACAGAUAGUUUGUAUUGCUGUGAUAGAGCAGAAGACUAUGCAUGUCAGACUGCUUGUAAAAGAAUUCUAAUGUCAAUGAAAACAGAGCUUGAAAUUGUUGAUGGACUUAUAGAAGGCUGUAAAACAAUGCCUCUUCCUCAGGAUCCACUUUGGCAAUGUUUUCUUGAGAGUUCAAGAUCUGUUCACCCAGGAGUCACUGUUCACCCUCCACCUUCAACAGGCCUCGAUGGAGCAAAACUUCAUUGUUGUUCUAAAGCAAACUCUUCCACAUGUAGGGAGCUCUGUACUAAGCUUUAUAGCACGAGCUGGGGCAGUUCACAGAGUUGGCAAGAAUUUGAUCGCUUUUGUGAGUAUAAUGCAGUUGAAGUUUCCAUGUUGACCUGUUUAGCAGAUGUACGAGAACCUUGUCAGCUGGGCUGUAGAAAUCUUUCUUACUGCACUAAUUUUAAUAACAGACCAACAGAACUUUUCAGAAGCUGCAAUUCACAGUCAGACCAAGGAGCCAUGAAUGACAUGAAGCUUUGGGAAAAAGGGAGUAUUAAGAUGCCAUUUAUAAAUAUUCCUGUUCUUGAUAUUAAUAAAUGCCAACCAGAAAUGUGGAAGGCAAUUGCCUGCUCACUGCAGAUUAAACCUUGCCACAGCAAAUCUAGAGGAAGUAUUAUCUGCAAAUCAGAUUGUGUGGAAAUACUAAAGAAAUGUGGAGAUCAUAAUAAAUUCCCUGAAGGCCACACAGCUGAAAGUAUUUGUGAGCUCUUAUCUCCAACAGAUGACCUGGAGAACUGCAUUCCUUUGGAUACAUACCUGAGUCCAAGUUCUUUAGGAAACAUUGUAGAAGAUGUUACACAUCCAUGUAAUCCAAAUCCAUGUGCAGCUAAUCAGUUGUGUGAAGUAAAUAGAAAAGGAUGUCAGUCUGGAGAAUUGUGUCUUCCAUAUUUGUGUGUACCAGGCUGCAAACUGGGAGAAGCCUCGGAUUUUAUUGUCCGUCAAGGUACACUUAUUCAGGUUCCAUCCUCAGCUGGUGAUGUUGGUUGUUACAAGAUUUGUACCUGUGGACACACUGGAUUGCUAGAAAAUUGUGUAGAAAUGCAUUGUGUUGACCUCCAAAAAUCAUGCAUUGUUGGAGGACAAAAAAAAAGCCAUGGAACAUCUUUUAAUAUAGACUGCAAUGUCUGUUCAUGUUUUGCUGGAAACUUGAUAUGUUCCACACGUCAGUGCUUAACUGAGCAUAGUUCGGAAGAUGAACGUCAGAAGUUUACAGGCUUGCCAUGUAACUGUGUAGAUCAGUUUGUACCAGUAUGUGGUCAAAAUGGGCGCACAUAUCCAAGUGCAUGUAUAGCUCGAUGUGUUGGUCUCCAAGACAAUCAAUUUGAAUUCGGAUCAUGUAUUUCCAAGGAUCCUUGUAACCCUAACCCUUGUAGUAAAAAUCAAAGGUGCAUUCCAAAGAAACAAGUUUGCUUGACUAGUUUUGGAAAGUUUGAAUGUAGCCAACAUGAAUGUGUGCCAAGACAAUUAAAUUGUGACCAGACGCAGGAUCCUGUUUGUGACACGGACAGCGUGGAAUACAACAAUGUGUGUACUCUGUACCAAAAAGGAAAAAAUCUAGCAUAUCGAGGACCGUGCCAGCCAUUUUGCAAAUCAGUAGAACCUGUAUGUGGACAUAAUGGGGAAACCUACAGUAGUGUGUGUGCUGCCUAUUCUGACCGUGUGGCUGUUGACUAUUAUGGACACUGUCAGGCUGUAGGUGUUCUCUCAGACUAUGGUUUUCACACAGAGUGCGCCUUUGUUAAAUGUCCUCAGCUUUCUGCUACUGGCUGCAAACCAGUCAUUGCACCAGGAGCCUGCUGUCCACUGUGCGCUGGAAUGCUAAGAAUAUUGUACGACAAAGACAAGCUGGAUAAUUUUGCAAGGGUAACAAAUAAAAAGCCUAUAACUGUACUUGACAUACUUGAAAAACUCCGCCUGCAUGUUUCUGUGCCACAGUGUGAUGUGUUUGGAUACUUAAGCAUAGAAUCUGAAAUUGUGAUUCUCAUAAUUCCUGUGGAUCAGAAACCCAAACCAUUGCAGAUUGAAGCCUGCAAUAAAGAAGCAGAAAAGAUAGAGUCACUGAUCAAUUCAGACAGUCCAACAUUAGCAUCACACGUACCUCUGUCAGCCCUAAUCGCAUCUCAAGUACAAGUUUCGUUCAGCAUUUCUUCUCCUUCUGUUAAAGUGGGGCCUGUUCUGCACUGCCUGUUCAUCAGUUUUUCAUUUACCUUGCUAAAAUUAAUGGAUUACAUAUAGCUACAUAGAAAAUAUUCACGAGUAUCGAGGUGUUUUACAUUCUGAAGAACACUGAGAAUUGUUGACCACCGAACCAGGAAACAAAAACUGUACGAGACUUGACUUGAUGUACUAAUAUUUCUCACCGAAGAAUGAGGAGUAUUUGAAAUAAGCUGAGAGAUUAUUCUUCUAUUCAUCACUAGUAAAUGCUUGUUUCAGCACAAUUGUAUCAUUUUCCACUGAUCUUGUAACCACAAAUGUACAUCGGAAGGUUCUGACUUUAUGGAUCUAUAUUUGUGAGAAGGUUCUUAGUGUUUUUUCUGGAAAUGAACAAAUCGUGUUUUGAGUUUAUUGAAAAAUGUUAACUUUAUAUUAUUCAGACGAGUAUCAGUGACAACAAAAACGUACGUGCCUGUUCUAAGCAUCAUUUUUUUUGAAGAAACAAAUUGCUGCUACUUCAUUACCUUACCAAAAAUAUGAGUUUAUUCUCAUGUAAAUACACUUUCAUAUUUUAUUAUGAAGGAAACUAACUAGUCCUGAGCCUAUUUCAAUAGACGUCUUUACUUGGACUGGUGAAGAUUUGUGGGACACUGGGCUCAGUGCUUUUGAAAUGACAAUCAAGCUCUAUACCUGGAGUACCUGGAGAAAUGAAGAAAUGUGUUCUUUUUAUAGUUUUGUAUAUUUCAGAAUCUCAUAUUAGAUGCAAAUUUAUAAAGAAUCUCAGUAUCUAUAUUUAAGUGCCAUUUAAAAUAUUGCAGUAUUUGCAUGUUAUCUAAUGAAAAUUAUACUUUAAAUAUGUUUAAAUGUUUACACAAACAGUGUUUUAUUUCUUAUUGUAUUCUAUGCACCUGACCUUAUUCUGCAUGAAGUAUUUUGUAUCAGUAUUAUGAUAACCAACUUCUGAAGUAUUUACAGAUUUUUUUGCCAAAAUGCUGAACUUUGAAAGCACUGAAAACUUUUUGAACAUGUAUGGUAUUGUAGCAUGUCUGUAGCAAAUAUUUUAUGCUAAAUCUUUUAAAUUUAAAAGUAUUAAAGCUUUUUUAUCUUAAUAAAACUGUUAUUUGUCCUUA